GGAGGCUAAAAGGAAGGCGACAUUUGUCUUCAUGUAAACAGAAAAAUUGUUACAAAUUUGUAGUUGUAAAUUGAGGCGUACAAGGCCAGCGUGCUCUGUUAUCGGAGCAUGAGGUUACCGCAUGAACAUUACAGCAACUGAGUAGCAAAAUGUCUAUGGAGGAUCCGUUUUUCGUUGUGAAGGGCGAGGUGCAGAAGGCUGUGAACACAGCACAAGGCCUGCACCAGAGAUGGAGCGAGCUGCUGCAGGAUCCCGGCAGUGCCUCCAAGGAAGAGGUGGACUGGACAACCAAUGAGCUCAGGAACAGCUUGAGGUCCAUUGAGUGGGACUUGGAGGACCUAGAUGAGACUAUCAGCAUUGUUGAGUCGAACCCCAGGAAGUUCAACUUGGAUACCGUGGAGCUGACCAAACGUAAAGCUUUCAUCACAAGCACUCGGCAGACUGUGAAGGAAAUGAAAGACAGCAUGUCUAAUCCAGUGGCCCAAGCAAUGUCAGAGAAGAAGACCCGACAGGGUUUGCUGGGGGACAGUGUGUCUCAGGGUUCAGUAUGGCAGCCAGGGGCAGACAAAUACAGCCGGCUGGACCAUGAGCUACAGACUGCCAACUCCCAGUUCAUCGAGGAGCAGCAGUCCCAGCAGCAGUUGAUUGCAGAGCAGCAGGAUGAACAGCUGGAGUUGGUUUCUGGCACCAUUGGGGUACUGAAGAACAUGUCACAGAGGAUCGGCCAGGAGCUGGAUGAGCAGGCCGUGAUGCUGGAUGACUUUUCCCAUGAGAUGGACAACACCCAGUCACGACUCGACAAUGUCAUGAAGAAACUUGCUAAAGUCUCCCACAUGACCAGUGACCGACGGCAGUGGUGUGCUAUUGGUGUUCUCCUGGCCAUUCUGUUUGUUGUCCUCAUCCUGUUCUUUGCCCUGUGAAAAUGCCGUCCUCCACCACCACCACACCUGCCCCUGUCUCCCUCCCUCUAUCUCUCUCCCAUUCAACUGCCUUUGAAGGACAAGUCAUUUGGAUCUUGGGAAGGAAUUAGCAGUUCCCACUGAUUUAUUAUUGUUCACUCCACCAUACACUCCAUAUACUAAAGAGUAUUGAAUCCCGAAAACAUUGAAACUAACGUCCUGUACCCAGCCCCUAGACUGCAGUAAUGUCAGCCGAGAUGAAAUCCACCUCAUACCUGUGCACUCUUAGUGCUCUUGUGCAGUUUUUCACAUGACUGGAAAAACUGACUGUGUGUGAUUUUUCCUCUCUAUUUGUAAGAUUUUUAAUGGCUGCCUACAGUAUCCACCACUGUCCCACAGAGGUCUGGGUCAAGCAAAUGCAUUUUCCUUUGAUUUCCUUUGUACUCAUAAGGAGUAUGAGUAUUUAAGCAAUUUUUUUUUUUUUUUAGAACAUCAGUGUUUGUUUUAGGGGUAUAAAACACAACUCCGUUUUAGACUCAAGAAAAACACUGCCACAUGUUUUCAUUGCUUUUAUUGUUUUUCCUUUAGUACAUAUUAAUGGCAGCCUUUGAAGGAUGCUACUUGAUAUAUUGAUACAGCGCAUGUACGUAGAACAAAGUGCUAUGACACCGAACGGUAUUGCUACUGUUGAGAGGAUAUAUCACUAACCACACUAACAGUUAAUUAUUUACUGUAACUUUCAAUGUUCUUGUUUUUUCAAAUUUUGUGAUGUAUUGCAGCAUUACCAGCGUAAGAAAAAAAAAUAUGCAGAUUGCAUUGAAGGAACUCCAGUAAUCUUAUCACCAUGCAUAGGAUACCAAUGGGAAUCAUGAAUUUUGUUUCCAUGUUAAAAUUGUUCAGGCGUAUGUCAUGAUGAGCUUUUUGAGUUUUUUGUCUUCUCAUUUGCCUCAUUUUCAGAGUGAGAUGAUAGUGGUCCGCAACAUCUGCUUGACCUUGGUAGAGCUUUGACUCACAUGGGAAAAUUGCUGGUCAUAAUCCCUUCAUUGAAUUGAACACUUUUGCCUGAAUGGUGGGCAGAGAUACAGCUUAAGCUCUGUGCGUACGCAUCUCCACUUUUAUUUGAUUAGCGGUAGGAGUAGUUUCAUCAAGUUCGUGUCUUCCAUAUUUCAGGCAUUCCACAGUGUCUGCUAGUCACAGCAGAUCACUCCAAAGUAAGCGGUUGUUUGAGUGAGUCUCAGGCACUCCAAAUAAUUUGGUCCAGUUUUUGACGAGAGGAAACAUUUAGCUUUAACAUGGACUGAUGAGAGUUUGUAAUGUGGCCUGGUGACAUGUAGCCUGAGCAGCUUGGUUCAGAGAACUCUGUAUAGACAGUGCCUUAGGUUGAUGGGAGACUCAAGCAUGUACAGCUUUUCUGACGAGACCUUUCUUGCCCUCAUGCACCAGGCAAAAUUGGCGCAGUUUAAUUUGGAGUGGUGCUACAUUGUGGUGUGAAUGAUGUUAACCCAGCAUGAAGGGUGUACUGUAAUUCAGUCAUGGGCAGUUUGUGAUACUGUGGCUGAACAUGGGUACAGCCUCUGUGCAGAUGCAAUGUGUUUGACAGUAGUUGCUUGAAUUGUGAAAUUGACCACCUGUGUAGCCCACUAGUCCAGUCCUGCCUAAGAUGCAUAAAAACCAAGUCUCCAUGAGAAGACAUUUUUACAUGAGACUGACACAUUUUCUGAGAUGCACUGAAGAUACCUCCUAGAUGUGAUAAGUACCUGUACUCAAUACUUAAGUUUUCUCUGUGAGGGAUGUGAAACAGUUUACUUAAUUCAGAAUCAGGUGUGGAAAAAAAAGAAAUCAAAACAGUUUGUCAGGGUCCUAAACUUAAAAACACUACAAGUUAACUCACAAGUGAAUUCAAAUGUACUUACUAAUAUUGAGAUGUUUUAAACACACUUACCUGUUAUUGACAUUUAUGGUUGAUUUGUUCGCUUAUGUUUGGUUUUUAAUUGUUCUUUUUUUUUCCAUAGGUCUGAGUGUUUACGGAAUGUUGCACUGUUGCACAGUGUAGUGUGUGGAUAGAAAGAGUAUCUUUACAGGGAAAUAUUUUAAAACUUAAAUUUGUUAUGCUUUUAAUUUAGUAGUGCACAAUAACCCAUAAAGCAAAAACAAUAACCAGCUGACUUUGGGGUUAGACAAAAGGAUGCAAUGUAAAAGCGAUUAAUACUGCUUUAACUGUGGUUCGAAGACUGUUGUAAAAGCAUUAAGGUGUUUCAUUAUGCAAUGUUAAGGGAAAAAAAUGAAACGUUAAUUUGUACAAUCACAUCACAUCUCUCAUAUGGGAUGCUGAUGAAUUGGAAGACAAUGUGAUGUCAGAGACUGGGCACAUGAAUGCUCUAAUUCAUUUGUGUAAAACUACUGUAUGUGUUGCUACUCUUGUUUGGCUUGUGUUCAGGCUGCUGGAGUGUGUGAGCAUAAACAUUUCCGCUUUGUGUCCGAAGACCUCCGACCCUCAGCCUUUUGACCUCCAUGUCAUAAACUUGAGUGUGAAACUGCAAUGAUACUGAGCU